AGUCCUACCUAAUAGACAUAUCUAACGGUCCAAUCUAACGGUCAUAUCCGAACGGUAACAUCUAACGGUCAUAAAAGUUUCUAUAUAUUCAGACUUCCUCUCCUCUCUCUACAAUUCAUUCUUACUGAAGUGAAAUUUGGUGUCAAUCUCACAAUCCUUUCCAUCAUCUUUCUUUCUCUAAAAAUCAAACAAUGACAAGCAAGAGAGAAGAGGGUUGGAAAACAGAGUAACAUAAGUACUUGUGCAAUUCUUGGGUCACGAUAUAAGAUGGAGAUGUAAGUGUCAAUCAAAGACAAUCAAAGUUUUGGGAUAGAAUAGACAUGAAAUUUCGAGUGAACGAUCCAAACAUAGCUCUUACAAUCAAAAGUAUUGUUAAUCGAAUGAGCACCAUUAGCAAAUUGCGCAAGUGUUGGAAUUCAACUAUCUAAAGGGCAAAGAGGAAUCAACCAAGUGGCACGAAUCAACAAGAUGUUGUAUGAAUUCUCUGACACCAUCACUAUUAUUUUCUAACUCAUUCAUUAGUAUGUGUGUACUAUUUUCUAACUCACUUUCCAACUCAUUUAUUAAUAUGUAUAGGAGUAUAUGGCAGAAUAGUUGUAUAAAAGUGAGACUUGCGCCCAGGGUUGGACUCUUAGUCAUUGUUGGCGGAUCUUGAAAAAAUGUCAAAAGUUUCAUACCCUGAUAAUAAUGUCGCCUUCCAUUCAUCCCAUGAGUCAAGCUUCACAGCAAAGCCGCAAGAGUCAAGGUUCUGAUGGUUCUCCCAUGGGUCGUGGUUAUCAAUCAACCCCACUGAUAGACCUCGAUGACAUAGCAGGAGACGAAGAAACUCCACCCUUAGUCAUAUCUAGACGCGACAAACAGAAGGCGGCUAAGAUGAAAGGUAAGGGGGUAGCUGAGCCAUCAGAGAGCUACCUGCUCAAUUGCUGGACUAUGGAAGUGAGUUGAAGGCGAAGCAUGCUUCAAGGGCUGAGUGUGAGCGAAAAAGAAUGGAAUUCCAAGAAAAAAAAUCGAAGAGCGAUGAAGAAAAGUGGGAUCUUGAGAAAAGGAAGAGGGAAGAAAAAUGGGGACUUGAGAAAAGAGAGAGGGAAGCGACACUAUUACGCGAAAACAUUGAUCUUUUUGAAAUGAACUUGUUGAAGUUGAUACCAAGAAAGAGAAAGUAUCGGAGAAAUAAAAAAAUUGCUUCUAGGGUAUGAUUAGGGGUGGGCAAACGGUUCGGUAAACCCAAACCGACCGAAUUAAACCGAGCCGAAACUGAAUUAAUGCUAUUCGGUUCGGAAUUCGGAAGGAAAAUAUGGAUAGUUCAAAAAUCAACGCUAUUUGUUUUUAGACUCAAAAGUUUGAAAUGUUUUAAGACUUAUGUGUUGAAAAGUUUGGUUUUAUCAUUGAUGAUGCAUAUAAUUGAUAUUUAUUGUUUAUAUUAGGGAUAAAAAUAAUUUAAAAGCGAGAAAAUACAAGUAGCUUCACAAAUUCGGUUUUGUGUGAAAAAUCGAUCCGAACCGAAUUAUAAUUCAGUUUAAACUGGUUUGAGGUUUGGGAGAAUUCGGGGACCCGAUAUUCAUAAUUUCGGUUCGGUCGAAAUCGAACCGACCAAAUGCCCACCCCUAGGUAUGAUCAUGAGGAUCCCAACUCUGUUCCCAACUAUUCAUCCAACGUAAGUCAGACCAGAGUAGGAGAUGAAAGUGGAGGAGGAGAUUACGGGAAUUACUUUUCUCUUCUGGGCGAUUAUUGACAUGUUAGGUGUUUCAUCUUUAUCAUUUCAAGUAUUGUAUGUAAUCUUUAACCGUUAUAAUUUUCAAGUGUUGUGCGUUAUCUUUAAGUUUUAUCAUUAUCAAGUGUCGUGUGUUCUGAGUUGUAUCAUUUGAAUUAUUAUGUGAACUCCUUUCAGCUUCAUCAUUUUCAAGUAUUGUGCGUAAAGAAAGAUUAGGUCAAUCACUUUUUCCAAAAAAAACGUUCGGUCUCAGAUUUAGAAAAAAAUACUAUCCAAAAAUUUGUAUUUAAAAAUGAUGAAGAACUAUACUAGAAUUAAUAUGAAAAGUACAUUUUUUUUAGUAAAGAAAAACCAGAAAAAAGGAAGGUCCCAAAUUUAGAGAUAGUACCAUUGGAGAAAAAAAAUGAUAAAAAUGGGGAUAAUCCCAAAAUUUGGAGACUAGCUUUGAAGAUGGCCUUAGCCUCCUUUUGUUGGCUCAUUACAAUCCCAAAUUUAGACAAAUGAGACGGACACAAAAUCAAAGUUUGAAAAUUUGCUCUAUUUGAAUAGAAGAUGAUAGUCUAUAUUUCAUUCUCUUUCAACGAUUCGAGUGGAUUAACUAAAUUAAUUAUUAAUUUAGUAUUAGGAAAUUUUGUUGUAUAAGAGUUCAAUCAUCUUAAACAUUAGGAUGGUCAUUCAACCAGUGUUGUUAGAUCAUACAUUCCAUAAUUUUUAACCAUUUAAUACAUCCCGUGUCAAUUCUAUAAUUUAAGUUUACUAUGCGCGAUUACUAUGGAUUGUACGAGAGCUCAUGUAAAAUAAAAUAAAAAUAUUUUAAUAUAAAUAAUGAGUAAAAGUUCCAAAUAUUAAAAAUUAGUCAAAAUGGAUUUGUUGGAUUUCUAUUAUAUUAUAUUAUGAUAUAUUUUAUUUUGAAAAUUAUAUGAACAAAAGAAUUAUCUUCUCAUAAUUUUUUUUAAAAUGUUGAGAAUAAUCUUGUAUUUUCAAAAUAAUUUUUUUUUCACAUUUUCAAAAUCCUAGCUUAUAGAGUUGUUUGACUCGACUUCAGUUUUUUUUAAAUAUAAAAGCAUUUCUAAUAGUCGAGCCAAACAUAAUCAUCUAACAAAAAUUAAAGAAAACUUGAGACUAGAACCAAAUUAAAAUAUGUUUGGUUCA